AGCCGCGAGACCGCACAGCGCAUGCGCCUGUGUUUCUUCCCAUUUCCCCCCACUCUCCUCCUUCCCCUUUUGCCCUUGUCCUUCUUUUACACGUGCAUUUUCGUGUACACACGCAUGCAGUGUUUUUGGUUCCUCAUUUUGCAUGCGACUGGAGCCUGGUACGCUGAGAGCCAAAAUAGUCCGUGUCCGGCUCCGGUGUGGGUGUCAAACCGCCCGAGCAAAUAGGCAAGGAGCACUCAGGAUUAGAAGAGAGAAAAGUACCGCUGAGCCGGAGGUCCUGGAAUUGACUGCCCGCCCGUAUCUAUGGUCUGCGUGGGAAUGGAUGCUGCUUAUAUGCUUCGAGACUCAUACGCACCAUUGUGUGGAGGACUAAGUAGAGUAAACAUCGGCGGAAUUGCUAAGCAGAGCUUCUAGAAAGUACAUAUACCACUUCAACGUGCCUGUGCGCACGCGUCCUGCCGCCUCCGGCACAGAACAAACACGGCCGUACUUUCACCGAUUGGCCACACGGGGGCAGCAGAGACUGCGGAAACUCCUUCCCAACCCGGCUGACGGCCCGCCGGGAACUGCGGCGGGGUUUCGUUUUUCUCUUUCCUUGGAUAGCAGAGGAAAAAAAUAACCACAGAAGAGGAAGGGGUCGGAGAAUGGGAGACGACGAAGAAAACCAAGGAAAACUUCGAUAAACCCACCAAACCGGUGUGAAGUGCUUAUGAAUACCUGUAAAUAAAUAAAUAACCAGCAAAAUCAUGUUGUCAUGCCUUUUUAAAAAAUAUUAUUAUUUUUUUUUCAGCUGGCAUCUCAGGUGAUGAAAAAAACAUGGUAUCAACCAGACCGGCACACAGAGAAGCCACGAAUGGCCCUUAAAUGAGGUCAGGGAGGGGUGGGGGCAGGCUCAGCCCCAUGUGGUCCCACAGGUGAAUUCCUUCCACCUGUGCUCGUAGUGCUGGCUACCCCCCUCACCAGGUGCUCCAUCACUGUUUCAGGCUGCGAUCUCAAAGUUCCCAUAAUGACAUGAAGAAGAAAAGAAAAAAAAAAGGAAGACCAGCAGAGCUGCACACAGAGCUGGGUCAAUCCCAAAACCCCAAAGAAACAGGGAGGCUGCAGCACGCUUACUUUGUGCAGCCCCUGCGCUCCUCAAAUCAGAGAUCAGUGACGUACUGCAGUACCCCAUUUCUGCUGCGGCACGACGUGGGAUUUCUGAAGUCACAGCAGAUUUGGAGAAAAUCCAAAUAAUCUCCAGAAUGCACUUCCCAUAUAACUCACCUGUCUGGCCAGUCCAGAAACCAGACAGGAGAUGCCAAUUAACAAUUGAUUAUCAGUGCCUGAAUGCUAAUACAGCCCCGCUGGCAGCCACUGUCUCAAACAUUGCCAACAUAACAGCUUUUUUUGCAAGCAGCUGCACAUCCACAGAUGGUAGCUUUUGGUGUACAGCAUGUUCUUUAUGGUUCCCUUUCAGGAAGAGGGUAAAGAAAACUUUGCUUCUGCUUGGGAGGGGAUACAAUAUAUCUUUAGCAGACUCUCACAGGUGUGUAAACAUUCUGCCAUCCUUGCUCAUGUUGCACUUGCUGAGCUUUUACAAACAGUUUCACUGCCUCAGGAUGUGAAAUUGUAUCAACAUACAGGUGAUAUUUUAAUUGAAGGGACAUCCCCUGACAGGGUGGGGGAAGUGGCAGCAGCACUACGGCGAGCACUAGACGGAUCAGAAAUAGAGAUUCCACCUGCAAACUGUCAGGGACUGAGUAAAGAAGUUGAAUUUUUAGGCAGCAAAGACCAACCAAACUAUGCAAACCAGCGUGAACUUAAGUGAACCCAUGCAAAAUUUUGCAAACCCCAUGCAGACUUCAUGAAACCCCAGCAAAGACCAGCAAUCCUGUACAGUCUUCAGCAAUCCUAGGCGGAACUUGAGCAAUGCACCGCUGUAUGAGAACUGCUGGAUCACGGCCCGAACCUCUGAUUGACCACCCGAGGCGAGCACUGAUUCAGCCGCGGGAGCACAGGUGAAGGCAAUCCAGCUGUGUGACAGGAAGGGGUGGAGCCAGGCUGCUCCUCUCCCAGACCCAAUCUGGUCACACUGUUCCGUAUGUUCGUUGGUUACACAACGCUGUCCCCGUCACCCCUUCCGCAGAACCUCUUUGCUGGCAGCCGCGUCUCCACUGCGCCGGCGGAACGGGGAACGCCGCCCACGCUCCCUCCCGGCCGCAGCGCAGCAGAAGAGCGACCCGCGCCUCCCGCAUUGCGUGCCGCAGCCUGUCGCGGUCUCUGCACGUCACCGCCGGAGGUGCUGCCGGAGCUGGCGAAUUACGAGCGCAACGUGAGCCGAGCCAUCCACAAGUACAACGCGUACAGGAAGGCGGCCUCUGUCAUUUCCCGGUACCCCAGCAGAAUACGGAGUGGAGCCGAAGCUAAGAAGCUGGAUGGAGUAGGUGCUAAAAUAGCUGAGAAAAUAGAUGAGUUUUUAUCUACUGGAAAGCUUCGCAAAUUGGAAAAGAUUCGACAAGAUGAUACAAGCGCUUCCAUCAACUUCCUGACACGAGUUACUGGCAUUGGUCCUGCUGCUGCUAGGAAGUUCGUUGAGGAAGGAAUUAAGACUUUAGAAGAUCUGAGAAAAAAUGAGCACAAGCUGACCCAUCACCAGCGAAUUGGGUUGAAGUAUUUUGAAGAUUUUGAGAAAAGAAUCCCGAGGGAAGAAAUGUUGCAAAUGCAGGAAAUUGUGCUGAAAGAGGUAAAGAACGUGGACCCAAAUUAUAUCGCUACGGUCUGUGGCAGUUUUAGACGAGGUGCAGAGUCAAGUGGUGACAUGGAUGUUCUCUUAACCCAUCCGACUUUCACAUCUGAGUCAUCCAAACAGUCAAAGCUUCUGCAUCAAGUUAUAGAACAACUGGAAAAAGUCCACUUUGUCACUGAUGUGCUAUCUAAAGGUGACACCAAAUUCAUGGGUGUCUGCCAGCUGCCAAAUAAAGAAGAUGGAACAUUGUAUCCACACAGGAGAAUUGAUAUUCGGCUUAUCCCUAAAGAUCAGUAUUACUGUGGUGUACUGUAUUUCACAGGCAGUGAUAUAUUCAAUAAGAACAUGAGAACCCAUGCUCUGGAAAUGGGCUUCACAAUCAAUGAGUACACGAUCCGUCCCUUGGGUGUCACUGGAGUUGCUGGGGAGGCCCUACCAGUAGAAUGUGAGAAAGACAUCUUUGACUACAUACAGUGGAAAUACCGGGAGCCAAAGGAUCGGAGUGAAUAACUGUCUACAUUUGUGACUUAGAAAGACAUUUUCAUAGCUUUUUGUGAACAUGCAUAUCGAAAACAUGCAUAUUCUUUCUCUGGAUGUUACUGCAAAAAAAUGUGCAUUACUGGUAUUUAAAAGGAGGAUAUUUGUAGUAAAGUUUAAAACCUUUCUGUACUUUAGAGAAAGUGAAUGAGAACCCAGUGAGAAACAGCACUCCCUGAAGAGUGUUUGUAGUCUGCCUUUUGGUGUGCUUGUCCUGGUAGCCUGAAUGAAAUACUUCCUGCUGUUUUAAGCUAUAACUACCCCUUAAAUAUGUGACUUUACUCUUUUUGUCUAAUAUUCCUAACAUUUUAAAUUUGUUUCCUACCCAUUCUUUCUAUUGUUCCUUUGUUCAGUUGUAACAUUGUGUAGCUCUCUACAGGCUUCAGUGCAAAGAGAGGGACUGUGUAGAUGUUUGUUGGGGUUUGAAGUAGGUGUGAAUCUUCAGAUGAAAUAAACACUUUACCUUAAGAGAGAAA